AAGGAGCAGACAAGGUGAAGAUAGAGGGUUUCAGCUUUGGGAAAGUGGAUUUUGAGUGCCACAGCUAUAUUUCUGAGGACAGCCCAAACAUAUUUUUUCCUCUAAACGUUAUCAUGCAUUGGCACAAAGGGAGGUAAUACAUUCACUUGAAGCUUUUGACUCUAGACUGCCUUUGUUGGAGAUAUCCUACAUCAGCCAGUCUGGGGGCUUUCUGUAGGAAUUACUAGUCACCAUUUUAUAUCCAAUAGUAGCAAGAUCAUGUUAGAGGACCACGGUAAUUAGUUUUGCCUUCAUGGUUAUUAAUUUCCGUUAUUUCCCUUAUUUGGUACACUAGAGCAUUUAGCACUGAAAUAAGUCAGUGCUGGACUUCAAGCUGUUAUCACUGGAUACAGGAAAUCUUAGCAUCAUCAGCUCAUCCUGGCAAAAGCCAAAGCACCUUGAGAUCACGUGCUCAUACUCACUUUCUAAGAGGUGGGGACUGUCCCAAGGACUACCUUUUCCCCAGCUUUACCUGAUUGUUUUUGAAAGACUCUUAGCCCCACUUCUGGAGUAUGAUUUCUUUUCCAUUGAAAGCUUAGACUAGGUAGGUUUUACUCAUGUUAUUUGCUGCUCCCUACAAGUGAAGUAGCUUGGGUCUGUCCUACUAUUCAAGGGACACCACCUUCGCCUUGUGAUAAUGCUCAAUAUUUCUCCUCAUUUAUUUUCUAACAUGCACAAAAUCUGAAUGAUAUUGAGAAACCCAGGGAAGCAAGGAAGAGCAAACCCACUGAUGAGAGAGAGAAGCAGUGAGAAGGCUUUCUCUUAGGCGGCAGAAAGAUGGCCUGCGACUCAUGGAUGUCACUUUGUUAGUAACAGUUUGCUCUGCUCCUUGCUUUGUGCUGGUCCCUGUGUCUCCUCUGUGCUGAAGCUUGGUGAUGAGAAGCAGGCUGUAGAGCUGCUGUAAAGGCAAGGCUUGUUCGGAACUGGGCCACUGGGAAAGCAGGAAGGGGAAAAGUGUAAUGGAUGACAUUGGUGGGAAGAGAGAAUGAGGUGAGACAGGACAGGUAGGAAAUAUCCUGGGUCGUUGCUUCAGUGCACGGUGUUGCGUGGAACAAAGCGGGUGGGAACAAAUAAAGCUUCUGACUGAACAGGAUCCCAUCAAAGACUUCUAAGCAGUUCAGGUGUGGCUGACUAUUUACUGAGUUCUUCGCAGACAAGUAAUUGGAGAAGAGCCAGCUGGCUAGGAAUUAAUUAAGAUAGGCCAAAGAAAUCACUGCUGGGUAGCCAUCAAAAGAUAGGCAGUAGGCUCUUUCACAGCUGUUGCAAAGCUUAAUGCUUCCUAAACAUUUCCUUGAAGGGGACGCCACAUGUUAUGCCCUUCUGAACAAAAGUGGCUAAGGGUGUAGGGCUGAGCAGCUUUCUCAGGAGCCAGUGGUGUAAGCCGUCUUUGGGAAUGCCUGUAAAUUCUUCAAGCAGUCUCUCGCACUUCAGCACCCUCAAUCAUCUUAGGUUAAAAGAAAAACAGGUUUCCAGAUGGCUGAUCCUUUCCUAUACAAUACCGGGGAAAGAUCUGGAUAUGGAUGCCUUGGACAUGAAGUGCAAAUUGAGCAUAUCAAGGCAUACGUUUGCAGACCAUCUUAUUUCACAGACAAAGCUGUGAUUGUGAUUCAUGAUAUAUUUGGAUGGAUGUUUCCAGACAUUAGAUAUAUAGUUGAUUUAAUUGCAGGUCAUGGAUACAUAACCAUCUGCCCAGACUUUUUCAAGGGGACAGACCCCUGGAAAACUACCGACCACUGGCAUGACUUUGCUGACUGGAUGAAAAAACAUGACCCUGUGAAAGUAGACAGGGAAGCUGAUGUUGUCUUGAAGUAUCUAAAGGAACAAUGCGAUGCAAAGAAGAUUGGUAUCGUUGGGUUUUCCUGGGGUGGAAUGGCAGUACAUCACUUGAUGCUGAAAAAUCCUCAAUUAUCCGCUGGGGUGUCCCUCUAUGGAAUAAUAAGGGACUCUGAAGAAAGAUACGAUUUACUAAAUCCCACAUUUUUUAUAUUUGGUGAGAAAGACCACACUAUUUCUUACGAUCAGAUUACCUUAUUGGAUGAGAAGUUGAAACAGUACUGUAAAGUUCCAUAUAAAAUCAAAGUUUAUCCUGGACAGGUUCAUGGGUUUGCACAACUGAAGCCAGAAGAUAUGAAACCUGUCGAUAAACCUUAUAUUGAAGAAGCUAGAAAGGAUAUGAUUGAUUGGAUCAAGACAUUCAUUUGACAAAAACAUAAAGGAAGCUAGGCUUUGAAAUCAGAGUUCAAUUAAAUUUUAGAGAAGAAAACAGUCAAGAAGAAGAUGGACAGAAACAAGGAACAGAAACAGUUAAACUUACACUUAUUUAUUUUUUGCAAGGCUUACAGAAGAUUGUGAACUCAAAGUUGGACUGAAGGACCAUUAAGCAUUAAAGCACUGUUUGAAUUUA